AGGUAGCAUGGCAAAGCGCUUGAACCCCAUUGGGGUCGAGAACACUGAGGAGAACAGGCGCCGCUACCGCCAGUUGCUCUUCACAGCCGACCAGCGCAUCGACAGCUGUAUCGGAGGUGUCAUCUUCUUCCAUGAAACCCUCUACCAGAACACUGACGAUGGCGUCAACUUCGCCAAGCUCAUCAAAGACCGCGGCAUUGUCGUUGGCAUCAAGGUUGACAAGGGUGUUGUACCCCUCGCUGGAACAAAUGGCGAGACCACCACUCAGGGUCUGGAUGGGCUGUCCGAGCGAUGCGCGCAGUAUAAGAAGGACGGCGCAGAUUUCGCCAAGUGGCGUUCUGUGCUGAAGAUCAGCGAAACCACGCCGUCUGAGCUGGCCAUCUUUGAGAACGCCAACGUGCUGGCACGAUAUGCUAGCAUCUGCCAACAGAAUGGUAUUGUUCCAAUUGUGGAGCCUGAGAUCCUUCCUGAUGGAGAUCAUGACCUGAAGCGUUGCCAGUACGUCACUGAGAAGGUCCUUGCUGCAGUGUACAAGGCUCUGUCGGACCACCACGUGUACCUGGAGGGGACACUGCUGAAGCCCAACAUGGUCACAGCUGGACACUCCUGCCCAACUAAGUACAGCAGUGAAGAAAUCGCCAUGGCUACUGUCACUGCUCUGCGCCGCACAGUGCCUCCUGCUGUCCCAGGCAAGAUACUUAACAGCAUUUGUUCAUUGUUGAAACGCUCUACUAACAUCCGCACUGACACCAAGUGGGACCAACUGCUUAUUAGUGGCAUCAGAACAUGCGUUAAGGAGCAAGAUGGCAGACGAGGUGAAAAUGUUGAGCCGAGUUGA